AUGGUCUUUAUAGUGAUGUUAUCUAAUGAAGAACAAGCAGUUAUGCGAAAUCUGCCAGCUCUUGUAGCAGAUUUAGAAAGUAUGGAUAUUAUUGACCAUUUGACUGCAACUACACCUCCAUCAAUUACACCAGCUGAUUAUGAAUCAAUCAUAGCAACAUCUCAAAGAGAGGGUAGAAGAGCAGGUGUUCGAUGCUUAGUGGCCUGUCUGUUACGUCGUACUGACAGCUCAAAAGUAUUUCAGUCUUUUAUUAAUAUCCUAAAAGAAGAUUAUCGUCAUUUAUCAGAUCUUUUGAGCAGUACAUAUGAAAGCCUGAAAGGUUCCAACGAAAAAGAUGAAUCAGACUUUGGUACUACUGCAAGUUCUAUUUCUCUGCAUUCUGAUGCUGUUGUCAAAGCUAACGAUCCAACUGGGAUAAUAACACCCUGUCAAUUGGACUUGGACAUUCUGAGUAUGAUACCAUAUUUAAUAUUAUCUCCAUCAUAUGUUCCAUCCGAUUGCAAUUAUAAACUGGAAAAAAAGUCGUGGUGGCAUGGUAGUGUCGGCGGUUCUCCGUUUAAACGUUUACAAUCAGUCAAUUCUACAACCACAGUAAAGUUGAAUCAUCAAUUUAUUCGAAAAUUGGUUGUGGAACAGCUGAUUCCAGCAUUACAACGCUUGAAUUUAUGGAAUUUGGCUAAUCGUAUUCAUCGGGAAAUUGUUCAGUGCAGUGGCGGUGAUGGUGAUGCUGGCGAUGGAAGUGUAGGUGGAGAUAAGCAAGACCUUCUGUGCUGCAGCACUAUUGAUUCCAAUAAAAAGUGUAGUUUACUGUGUGUAAAUGAUCCAUCUUUAAUGAAAUCCAUCUCCAAUGCUAACCAUCAUGAUCAUGAUCAAAAUCAUUUUUACUUUUCAUCAUGUAAUAUUUUAAAGGCAUAUCCUCAAUUAAAUUAUGCUAAAUCACUACUGUUCUCCUGUGUUGAACCGUUGUUUCAUCAUUCUCUUAUCCUUCUUGAUUGGCCAUUUCUACUGCAUGAAUUGCAUGUUUGUUCUACUUGUAUAUCAUAUUUAAUAAUGUGUUGUUCUACAUCGUCAAGAAAUCGAUCAACUAUGUGUCAUUAUCAUAAUGAUAAUAAUAAUAGUAAUAAUUUGAUUGCGUCAUCCAACUGUAAUGCUGCAUCAUCUUAUCAAACUCUUGGAGCAUCUACUACUACUAAUCAGAAUGAUGAUGAUGGUGAUGGUGAUAAUGACGAUGAAAAGAUUCGAAAUUCAGCUUUGAAAAUUUAUUUCAAUACAGUAUUGCAUAAUACAUUACUGCAAAGAAUGAUUACAGAAAAGAAUGAUAAUAAUAGCUGUCAAUCGUCAAAUCCGAUUGGGCAUAUAUUUAAUGAAAGUGUUCAAAAGUCCUGUGUAGCCUCGGUGAUCCAUACACAAUUACUGCCAGGUCUGCGUUCACUGGAUCUGAAUGUAUUGCAUGAUGAAAUUGAACAAUUAGCCUAUAAAAUGCUUCAUUGA